GGGUUGCAGUUGAUGAGGUUUUGAUACCAUAUUAAUAUGUUUGCUGCCGCUACCAAGAGCUUUGUCAAACAAGUUGGAGAUGGAGGGAGAUUAGUUCCUGUUCCAAGUCUCAGUGAGGCUGACAAAUACCAACCUCUAAGUCUGGUGGUAAAAAAGAAACGGUGCUUUCUGUUUCCUAGAUAUAAAUUUACUUCCACGCCUUUUACACUGAAAGAUAUUCUUCUAGGAGACAGAGAAAUUUCAGCUGGUAUUUCAUCUUAUCAAUUACUGAACUAUGAAGAUGAAUCAGAUGUAUCUCUCUAUGGAAGGCGAGGCAACCAUAUUGUGAAUGAUGUUGGGAUUAAUGUUGCUGGAUCAGAUUCCAUUGCAGUAAAAGCUUCAUUCGGUGUAGUAACCAAACAUGAAGUAGAAGUAUCAACAUUACUCAAGGAAAUUACUACACGAAAAAUUAAUUUUGACCACAGCUUGAUACGUCAGUCAAGGAAUAACAGAAAGGCAGUAUUAUGCGUAGUCAUGGAAAGCAUUCGAACCACACGACAGUGCUCAUUGUCUGUGCAUGCUGGUAUUCGUGGAGAAGCCAUGAGGUUUCACUUUAUGGAUGAGCAGAAUCCCAAGGGAAGGGACAAAGCUAUUGUUUUUCCAGCACACACAACCAUAGCUUUCAGUGUUUCUGAACUCUUCAUCUACUUGGAUGGUGCCUUUGACCUUUGUGUCACUUCAGUGUCAAAAGGAGGAUUUGAAAGGGAAGAAACGGCAACAUUUGCACUGCUCUACAGAUUGAGAAAUAUACUAUUUGAGAGAAACAGAAGAGUGAUGGACGCCAUUUCUCGCUCACAGCUUUACUUAGAUGACCUUUUUUCUGACUACUAUGACAAACCACUCAGCAUGACUGAUAUUUCACUCAAAGAAGGGACUCAUAUUCGAGUUAAUUUACUUAAUCACAACAUCCCAAAAGGGCCUUGCAUACUCUGUGGAAUGGGUAACUUCAAAAGGGAGACAGUUUAUGGGUGCUUUCAGUGCUCUGUUGAUGGACAGAAGUAUGUGAGACUUCAUGCAGUUCCUUGUUUUGAUGUUUGGCACAAGAGAAUGAAAUAAAAUGAAAAGCGUACUGGCUGCGUUUGGGUGCAACUGUGCCACAUGUUUCCAAAUUUUCUAGUUUUGUUUUGGUGAAUUGCAGCAAAUGGAAGGAGAAA